CCGUCGGGAGACUAGUUCACCCCACCGGGAAUGGAUGAAUCGUUCCGAUCCCUACAUGAUCUCAAUUGCACCAUUCAAGAUUCCCUGAGCCAAAUCAUCUCGCCUCGCCUUGCCACGCAGAACAAGAUUCGACCAUUACAGGAACUGGAAUCUCUAUUUGUACAAGCAUGCCUUCGGAAGGAAAAAGGGAAAAGCAAAGAUGGACAGGACAGUGCAGAGUUCGACAAUUUUAUUGCUCUGCAGGCGACGUUCGAAUGCAAUAUAAUCUCGCAUCUUAUCUCAUUCAUAACAAUCUGUAACACGCGGCUUCAGCAGUUGGUUGUGGAAGGUGUUGAUAUGGACACGGUUUCCUCAGCUACCUCCGUGCCCCACUCCCUUCCUAACGAAGAUUAUUGUGAAAAGUUACGGCCAACCUCUCCCUCGUACGACUCUCAUAAUGAAGAUAAUAUUUCACCCAAGGCUAAACUCAAACAAGAAGCACAGAGUUUAUGUCUAGCCUUGAAUAUCUCAGCGUCGUUGAUUCAAGGUAUCGUCCUCAAUCAUGCAGCAAGUAAGGUGUGGAUUGGGAGAAGAGGUGGUCUAGAGGUCAUUGUUGACCUCCUCUUGGUCUCGCGUUAUUUUUGCCCCUCGUCCCAAGAUUCUAGUGCAUCGUCAACCUCCUCUUCGUCCUCUUCAGAGAAAGGGCUGUCAACAACCCUGACCUCUGUAGUUUUGGAUACCCUUCUGUGUAUCUUGGCUCCCUCAUUGCCUGCUUCAACGGAUGGACAGCAACUUCAGCUUGAAGACGGUGUCAAUGCACUGCGGAAUUUUGAGGAAGUUCAAGGCCUGCAAGCUGUUGUGAAGAUUCUGAAACGGAAAGGCAGUGGACGGGCAGUGAGGAUGAAAUGCCUGGAGUUCUUAUAUUUUUACCUUCUGGAUGAAACGUCACCCACGUUCACGGGCCCCUCUGCUACAGUGGACUCAUAUUCAUCCACCGCCGAUUCAAAUGCCCUCCUUCCACGGUCGACAGAUAAAUGUUCUCCCGAGAAGGAGCAGUGUCACUCACCAUCCUCUUCUGCUUUGAACAGCACCUCUAUACCGUCUUACCUCGUCCCUCGUAAUCUCCACAACCGGUCGCAAAGUCAGGGGGACCUCCCCGUCCCUUCUAUGUCCUCUACUCUGUUCACGAAAUCUCAUACCAGAACACCCUCUUCACGGACUGGUUCUGGAAAUGGCCAGGAUUACAAGCCUCAUUCAAGAAACACAAAGAGACCAUUUUUACCCAUUCUUACCUCUGCCUCCCCCAACACACCUGACAGCAGACCUGAACGACCUGAACGCCCACCUACUCCCAUGUCUCGAUACGGUAGCACGACAUACGCUUUUUCAUCCGGGUCAUCUGACGGUACAUUCAGUACCAGUUCCAUCUCUGGUUCACGUACUCCAUCAAGAGGCGUUCAGCCGCAUUUACGAUCUCAUUCCCGCCCAGGGUCAAUCGCAAGAAGUCCGUCAACACGUUCGAAUUCACCUGAGAAAGUCCAAAAGCAUCUCCAAACAGCGAGUGAAGGAGGAGGGUCAGUCCCUUCCAGUAGAUCGGUAUCCUCCAGUUCUGCCGCCUCCGCCUUUUCGGCUGGUAGUGAGACUUCGACGGCACCAUCGAGCGUGCAUAGUUCACCAAGGAAACACACACGCGCGCUUGUAUCAGACGGAGACGAGGACGCUACCGAGAAAGAGGAGGAACGGAAAGGUCACCGUCGGAGCCAUAGUACUCGAAGCAGUGUCGGGCUUGGACCUGGAGGAAUUGGGCUGGGAAGGCCCGGGGUUUCCUGUGGUACGGGCGUAGGAGGAACGAGGGCACAGACACCUCAUGCUCCGCAACCGUACAUUGACUUUGUUCCUGCUACUCCGGCAUCUAAAGUCAAAUCACGGAGAACCGCUGAUGGGCCGUCGACGCCCGCACCCAAACUUGGUCACGGCGUUCCCGCCACUCAUUUUGCAAAGACUCCUGCUCCGGUCAAAAUGAAGAAAGCAGAGAGUGAGAGCAUUAUCGGAGUUGCGGUCCCUACUCAACAUGGAAGAACGAAAUCUGCUCUUGGCAGGGCAUCUAGUCUGGGAGAUAUGGACGAUGACGGAGCCGGGGAUGGAGAUUGGGAGAGGGAGAGGGAGAAGGAACGCAGAAAAGAGGAAGUGUUUUGGGAUUUUGAGGCUCAGUCGCCGCAGAAAACCAGUCUUCCUGAUCGAAUUUCUUCGGAUCACAAAAACUCAAGUUCAACUACCGGAGGGAAGCCACAGACGCGUACAACGAAAGAGAAAACGGCGAUAUUAGGGACCAUGCUGGGGAAUGUAGAUGCAUUGGUAAGGAGUUUGGAAGGGGUUCGGUUGGGGUAAUGUUGGUGCGUUCCAUUGUCUUCGACGUUGGUGUUCUGUCUACUACUAUGUUCGCUCUCUUUGACCUUCUUCUCUGACGCCGCAGCGUCUUUUACAUUCCUUGGAUCUUAUCGCUCUAAGUUUUCCUCAGCAAAUUUCUUUUCUUUCAUUCUCUGAGUACAGUUUCAAUAUCACACUCCUACUUGUUCUAUGCCUUGCAUUUUGAUAUCGCCGGUCACACUCCUUGCAGACGUCUUUUUUUCUAACGCAUAUAAUUUACCCACAUUGCUAUCUUGCUGUCGUUGUUAUCAUGCAAUCCCGAUUUCUUUUACUCUAGACCUUUUCGAUCUUACCG